UCUUCUUUUUCUUGUUUUGGCUCCUCUCUCUGAAAAACUUGUACUUUUUUUACAGUGAAUGACUCAUUGGAGUGUCAGAACCUGCUGCCCAGAAUAUAAUGCCAAGAGCCUCUCUCUAGGAGAGAGAAAAGGUGUGACUUUGUGGCUUACAGAUGUAGAGAGAGAAAAUGGGGUAAGGUUAUCACACCUUCAUACGAGUUUACCACUUCCCAUUGCCAGAUUCCAUGUUUUUGGGGUGCGAGUGAUCUGAAAUGGACUAAAGUUCAGUGCUUUUCGUUGUUUACUCCAUCCCCAUUUGCUUAGUUUUGUGUUUUCUUCUCAUUUCGGUGGUUGGUGGAGUCGGGGUUGCUCGUCUAGUUCGUUUUGCUUGGCGACUUCUUGAUCUCUUUCCCUGAUUUUGAACUGGGGUUGCUGGAGCAAGAAAUUCAAUAAAACAAUAAGGGGGUGGAGGCGUACCUAAAGAUCCUCGUGGUAAAAUAAAUGGAGAAAAAUACCUUAAGAGUCUGAAAUUAGAUCAACAUAGCUGGUGGAAAUCUAUAGGCUGAUAGUCUGGCCUGGAUCCCAUAUCAAGCUUUUGCCAAAUCAAAUCCAGCUUUACUGCUGUUCUUUGCUGGAGUUAUGGCAACAUUGUUACAUUCUGAGUCCAGGCGCUUAUAUUCUUGGUGGUGGGACAGCCACAUUAGCCCAAAGAAUUCAAAAUGGCUUCAGGAGAACCUUACAGACAUGGAUGCCAAAGUAAAAGCAAUGAUCAAGCUUAUUGAAGAAGAUGCGGACUCAUUUGCAAGGAGGGCAGAGAUGUAUUAUAAGAAGCGGCCAGAACUCAUGAAAUUAGUUGAGGAGUUCUAUCGAGCAUACCGUGCUUUAGCAGAGAGGUAUGAUCAUGCGACAGGGGAGCUACGCCAGGCCCAUAAAACCAUUUCAGAAGCAUUCCCCAACUUGCUGAAUGAUGAUUCACCAUGUGGUUCUUCAGGCACUGGAGCUGAGCCGCACACACCAGAAGGUCCACAUCCAAUUCGUUCAUUAUUGGAGUCAGUCGCCUUACAGAAAGAUGCAUUUGGAUUUUCUUCCAUCCAAAAUACUUCAAAAACGAGUGGGGAGAGUUUUGAAGAAUCUCCAAGCGGUCUUAGCAGAAAGGGUCUAAAGCAGCUAAACGAUAUGUUUGGGUUGUCUCCCUUAAUGGCUGAAAAUCAGAAUGUGAAGGCCCAGAACCAUUCUGAGUCUGAGCGUGCACAGAAAGCCGAAAGCGAAGUUCAAACCUUAAGGAAAGAACUGGAAGUUAUACAGUCUGACAAGGAUUCUAUCUUUCUUCAGUAUCAGAAGAGUUUGGAGAAGUUAUCUGAAUUGGAAAGAGAGCUAACUAAGGCGCAACAAGAUGCUGGUGGCCUUGAUGAGCGAGCAAGCAAAGCUGAAAUUGAAAUUAAAGUAUUGAAAGAAGCCCUUUCUGAGCUUAAAUAUGAGAAGGAUGCUGGUCUAGUUCAGUACAAGCAGUGCAUGGAAAGGAUAGCUAGUCUGGAAACUACAUUAUAUCUGGCCCAGACAGAUGCAAAGGGGAAUGAUGAAAGGGCUGCUAAAGCAGAUACUGAAGCAAAAAAUCUCAGAAAAGAACUUGCUAAAUUGGAGGCCGAAAAGGAUGCUGCUCAUCUUCAAUAUAAACAAUGUCUUGAAAAGAUAUCUGUUUUGGAGGCCAAGAUCACCCAUGCUGAGGAGAAUUCCUUGAAACUGAAUCAGCAGAUUGAAAGAACAGAGCUGGAAGUUAAAUCAUUGAGGAAAAAUCUUGCUGACCUGAAUGAAGAGAAAGAAUCUGUAGCUGCCCUGUACAAGCAGUGUUUGCUGAAAGUAUCAACAAUGGAGAGUGAAAUUUUACAUGCUCAAGAAAUUUCAAAACGAUUAAAUAGAGAAAUUGAGUUUGGGGUUGAAAAACUGAAGACUGCUGAAAAGCAGUGUGAUAUGUUGGAGAAAUCAAAUCAAUCUCUUCAGCUAGAAGCUGAUGUUCUAUUGCAGAAGAUUUCUGUGAAAGAUCAAAAGCUUCUAGAGAAGCAUACGGAGUUAGAGAGACUGCAGACUCUGAUGCAUGAGGAGCAGUCUCAUUUCCUUCAAAUUGAAACUACUCUGCAUACUUUACAGGAGUCGUAUUCUCAAUCACAAGAGGAGCAAAGAUCUCUUGCUUUGGAGCUUAAACAUGGCCUUCAGCUAUUGGAGGACGUAGAGCUUUCCAAACAAGGUUUUAAGGAAGAAAUGCGGCAGAUUGUGGAAGAAAACAGAACUUUGCAUGAACUUAACUUCUCUUCCACCAGAUCAUUAAAAAAUCAGCAAACAGAAAUUUCAGAGUUGAAGAGGAUCAAAGAGAAACUUGAACGAGAGUUUGCCAUAAAGGUUGAACAAAGUAAUGUCCUCCAACAGGAAUCUAGCCAAGUAAAGGAAGAAAUUCAGGUCUUGAAUAAUAGAUACCAGACUAUAUUGGAAGAACUAGGCUCUGUAGGUUUAAAUCCUAAAUCUUUUGCAGCAUCUGUGAAGGAUUUACAGAAGGAGAUCACAAUGCUAAAGGAGGUGUGCAAAUUGGAGCAAGAUGAGAAAGAAGUUCUUCGUGAGAAGUCAAAGGAUAUGGAUAAGCUUUUGAGUGAAAAAGCAUUCAUGGAGUCCUCCCUGUCAAAUUUGAAUGAUGAGCUGAAUGUAUUAAGGGUUACGAUGAAGAAACUUCAAGAAUCCUGUGGUGUCCUGCAGGAAGAAAAAUCUAGUCUUGCUGCUGAAAAAUCAGCUUUACUUUCACAGUUACAAAUUAUCACUGAAAGUAUGCAGAAUCAAUUGGAAAAGAAUACCUUGCUGGAGAAGUCCCUUUGUGAUGCAAAAAUUGAACUUGAAGGUUUAAGGGCAAAAUCAAGUAGCUUGGAAGAAUUUUGCAAUUUACUGAAUGAUGAAAAGCACAAUCUUCUGAAUGAAAGGAGUGUCCUGGUAUCUCAAUUGGAGAGUGUUGAAGCAAAACUAGGUAACCUGGAAAGAAGGUUUACAAAAUUGGAAGAAAAAUAUGCUGAUAUGGAGAAAGACAAAGAAAGUAGGGUCAGUCAAGUAGAAGAACUCCAUUUGCUGCUUUUGGCACAAAAAGAAAAGCAUGCUAAUCAUAAAAAUUCAAGUGAGGCCCGCAUGGCAAAUUUGGAAAAUCUCGUUCUUCGGUUACAGGAAGAACGUCGAAUGGGUAAGAUAGAAUUUGAAGAAGAACUUGAUAAAGCUGUAAACGCUCAAGUUGAGAUGUUUAUUUUGCAAAAGUGUGUUGAAGACUUAGAGCAGAAGAACAUGGGUUUAUUAUUUGAAUGUCAAAAACACGUGGAGGAAUCAAAAUUUUCUGAUAAAGUUAUCUCUGAGUUGGAGAGUGAAAACCUUAUGCAACAAAUGGAGCUAGAGUUCUUGUUGGAUGAAAUCAGAAAGUUUAAAAUGGGGAUUCAUCAAGUGCUAGGAGCCCUUCAGGUUGAUUCUGGUGGGGGUCAUGGCAAAGGGAUCAAGCAAGAGGAAAUGCCUAUAUCUCAUAUUUUGAGUAAUAUUGAGGGCUUGAAAGGAUCUCUUGUGAAAACCCAGGAGGAGAAGCUUCAGCUACUUGUAGAGAAUUCUGUCCUCCUAACUGUACUUUCGCAACAGGAAUCUGAGGGAGCAGAACUGGUGACAGAGAAAGGGAUCCUAGAGCAAGAGUUUGAAAACACAAGAGAGCAGCAUGCAAUGUUGCAAAAGGUUAAGCUUGAGCUUUUGGAGAUCAACAUGCAGCUUAGAUCUGAAGUGACCAAGGGAGAAGCAAAGGAGAACGAGUUACAGUCCAAAUUAGAUGCCCUUCAUCUGGACUUGAUAGAUUUGCAAAGAACUAAUCUAUUGUGUCAGGAAGAAAAUUGUAGGUUACUUGAGGAGAAAAAUUCACUAAUGGGGAGUGUUUUAGACCUUAAAGAUGCAAAGUCUGCCACUGAACAAGAGAAUAGUAUAAUCCUCCACGAGGCACUGUCUCUGAAAAAUCUUAGUUUGGUUUAUGAGAGCUUCUUCACAGAGAAGGUCUUGGAACAACGUGCACUUGCUGAAAAUCUCAGUGAUCUUCACUCUUUGAACAGUGACCUUAAACGGGAGCUUGGUCUAUUAAGGAAGAAGUUUGAGGUUAAAGAAGCUGAGAAUGUUUAUUUGAAGGAGUCAGUUGAGAGGACGGGCAAAGCAAUGGAAGAAUCCAAAGCUGAAAAUGAGCAUUUAAAUUGUCAAAUUGAAAGUUCAGAGAAUCUUCUCGAGAAGAAGGAUGAGGAGCUGUUAGAAAUGUUGGAAAGGCUAAAGGCUGCAGAAACAUUAAGUGCAGAGUUCUGCAGAAAUAUUGAGAAAUUGAAGGCGGAAAAAGAACAAUUAAGAUUGAUCAAUGAGAAUCUUGAGAGGCAGAUUCUUGAACUAUCAGAAGGUUGCAUGAAUCACAAAAAAGAAAUUGAACACCUUACGGAAGCAAACAGGAGUUUACUGUCACAGAUGAGGUCCUUACGUCAAGAAGUUGAACAACAGAGGGCAAGGGAGGAAACAUUGAGUUCAGAGUUGCUGGAUAAAACAAACGAAUUUGAACUUUGGGAGGCUGAGGCUGCUACAUUCUAUUUUGAUCUUCAGAUUUCGUCUAUUAGUGAAGCAUUGUUGGAAAAUAAGGUCAACGAACUUUCUGGAGUUUGCAUGAGACUUGAAGAAGAACGUGAUGCAAAAAGCAUGGAGAUUAAACAGAUGACAGAAAGAGUCAGUCUACUGGAAGGUGAAGUUGGAGGAUUGAAAGGACGGUUAUCUGCGUAUACACCUGUCAUUAGUUCUUUGAAAGAGGAUUUUGCUUCUUUAGAACAAACAGCUCUGCUUCGAGUAAAAACAGUGCCUGUUAAAUGCAAUCAUGAACAAAAGGACGCAGGAAUUGAAACUUGUCUCCAAGAAAAUGGCCAUCAAAGUUCAGCAGAUAACAGAAGCACUUUGAUACCGGAUGGGGUUUCAGAUUUGCUGAGCAUGAAGGCAAGGAUUAGAGCGGUUGAGAUGUCGCUGGUGCAAGAAAUUGAGAGGCAUGUGAAGGAAGAAAAUCUAACCACUAAAGCUAAUCCAGGAGCUCUUAGAAAUGUGUCAAACGUGGUAGUUUCACCAUACGUAGAAGAGAAUGGCAGCAGAAAAGAAGACAAGGUACUCAAGGAUGGGAGCACUUUUGAUCUCAACUCAUGGAGAACAAAACCUGAAAGUGGGUCAUUGAUGAAAGACAUUCCACUUGAUCAUAUCUCAGACACUCCAGCCACCAAAAGUUGCCGGAGAGUGAAUAGUGGGACUGAUGAUCAGAUGCUUGAAUUAUGGGAAACUGCCGAGCAGGACUGCUGUGAUAGUUCCAUAGAUAAUGAAGCAAUGAAGCAAAGUUCUGUACCAACAGAGGAUCUUAUCACAUACCAUCAGUCAGACAAUUCUGGUAAAUUCCUAAAUACCUCCUCAGAAUUGGAUGUAGAAAAGGAAUUGGGUGUUGACAGGUUUCAGUUAUCAAGAAGCAUAAAAGAGAGAACUCAAGAUGGCAAGAGGAAAAAGAUACUGGAGAGGCUUUCUUCGGACGCGCAGAAACUGUCCAUUCUUAAGACAAGCGUGCAAGAUUUGAAACAGAAAAUGGAGACAAAGAAGAGAAACAAGAAGGGAGAUUACACUGAAUAUGAAACAGUUAAAAGACAGAUAGAAGAAGUUGAGGGAGCUGUUGUGAAAUUAGCAGAUACUAAUGAUCAACUGACAAAGGAUCUUGAAGAGGGUGCUCCAUCUUUGAACAGGGAAACUUCCGUUGAGUUGGAAAAGAGUAGACAAAUCCAGAGAAAAAGAGUAACGGAGCAGGCACGAAAAGGUUCUGAACAGAUUGGACGGCUGCAGUUUGAUGUGCAGAACAUACAAUACACUUUGCUGAAGUUGGCUGAUGAAAAGAGCAAAGGGAAGAACAGAUUCACUGGAAAAACAGUGAUCUUGCUUAGGGACUUCAUUCACAGUGGGAAGAAAAGUAGUAAAAAACGCAGCAAGGGGUUUUGUGGAUGUUCAAGGCCUUCAACUAAUGAGGACUAAGUCAGAAAAUUAGAACCAUUUUCUUGUAACUACUUUCUCUGAUUGGUAUGUGUCUAAUCUAGCAUAAUAAUUUUUAAUUUUAGCUGGUAAAAAUGUUGUUAGGCUUUAUCUGAUCACAGUAGCUUUCAAAGGAGUUGUACUGAGCCACAUUUUAGCCAAGAAGUUGCUCUGUCAUGUUUGGCAGUGCUUAAGCUGUGAAAGCAAUGAGCAGGAAAUAAAGCUUUUCACUAUUUUCUUCAA